AUGUGUCUGGUGUUAAUUAUUCGUAGACAGUUCCUGAUCACUUUCCCACUUUGUCAUUUGGACUUCAGUGGCUUACAAUACAAUGAUCCAUGGGCAAAAGAGGCAGUCAAACAUAAGCCAACAUUUUCUGAUGCCUAUUUAAACUUGGGAAAUGUAUACAAGGCUUUAGGAAUGGCUACAGAAGCUAUUGUAUGUUAUGAGCGUGCUCUUCAGUCUAAACCAGACUAUGCCAUGGCUUUUGAAUCAUCAUUUGUAAGGUUAAAUAGCAUGAGUCAUAGCAGUAGUGGGAUUAUUCAGUAUUUUGCAUUGAAAAACCUUGAUGUGAUGGAUGUAAACUGCCAGCCUAAGCGUUCAGCUUACGAAUUGCCCGAAAACAAGUUCAUAUUCGCUUGUUUUAAUCAGCUUUACAGGAUGGAUCUUGAAAUUUUUAUCACUUGGUGCAAUAUUUUAAAGCGUGUUCCCAAUAGUGCCCUUUGGCUUCUCAGGUCCCCAGCUGCUGGUGAAAUGAGACUUCGUGUCUGGUGGAUUCGUGGGAAGGAUCCAUCAAGAGUUGUACACUAUGAAUAUUGGGAAGCAAUCAAUAGCACAUUUGGUCUGCAAGGAGAGUUUAUUUGGGAUUGGGCUGACCAGGGGUUACUCAAGGAAAAUGCAAAUGGUAGCAAAUACUGGGCAUAUGGAGGUGACUUUGGAGAUACAUCAAAUGACUUAAAUUUCUGCUUAAAUGGUCUCAUAUGGCGUGAUCAAACUCCUCAUCCUGCUCUAAAUGGUGAUUACUAUAAUUUUUUUGCUUAG